AUGGGGAGAGGCUGGGAACCAUGGGCCCUUGAAUCCCCCCUGACGCUCCUCCUCCUCCUCCCCGCAGCCCAUUUCCUGUUCCAGCAUAGGUUCGAGUGCCGCUUCCUCAACGGGACGCGGCGGGUGCGGUUCCUGGAGCGGCAGGUCUACGACCGGCAGGAGAUCCUCCGCUUCGACAGCGCCCGCGGGGAGUUCGAGGCCGUCACGGCGUUCGGGAAGGGGGAUGCGGAGGCUUGGAACAGGAAUCAGCUCCUCCUGCAGUUCCAGAAGACCCGAGUGGAUCGCUUCUGCCGAGCCAACUACGGGGUUUUCCAGGGCGGCCCCGUGAUUGGCCGGAGAGGUGAGGGCUUCUACCCCGUGGAGAUCGAGGUCCGGUGGCUGAAGAAUGGGCGGCCGGAGGAGGAGGGCGUGGCCUUUGGGGAGGAGCUCCAGAACGGAGACUGGACCUACCAGCUCCAGGUGAUGCUGGAGACCCAGCCCCAGCGGGGGGACGUCUAUGCCUGCCAGGUGGAGCAUGCCAGCCUGGAGACCCCAAUUACGGUCCAGUGGGAGCCCCGUACCUCCAACUCUGCAAAGAGCAAACUCUGGACGGGGAUCGUUGCAGCCGUGAUCGGGGUGAUCUUCUUCACCAUGGGGCUUUCCCUCUACCUGAAGAGCAAGACAG